GUUUGGUUUGGAGGGGUGGGCGUGGUUUAGUCGCAGGCCUUACGUGAGGCGUUUCCAAAGCAAGAAACUUGUGCAGACACCCUGGAAUCGGUCCUGCCGAAGUUAGAAAGUCAGGAGACAACAAUGAUUGCAACCAAACCACGAAAGUGAUCCGCCAAGUUUUACUGUAUAUCCCUCUCAGCAAAUUGCAUCUAAACUGUGAGGAGUCAUGGAUGACAGCAAAGAGGCUGAGAACUUGACCUCGAAUGACCCCAAACACCCAAACUCCACAGGCAGCUCUCCUCAGCAGAGCAGCACAGGUUGUGGCGUGGUGCUGGUGCUCUCGGCCCUGGUGGCCUCGGUGAGUGGCCUGCUGCUGGGCUAUGAGCUGGGCCUGAUCUCCGGGGCCCUGCUGCAGCUGCGGGAGGAGCUGACCCUCUCGUGUCAGAGCCAGGAGCUGGUGGUCAGCUCCCUGCUGCUGGGCGCACUGCUAUUCUCGCUGGCAGGGGGCGCCGUGCUGGACCGCUGGGGACGCAGGUUCGCCAUCAUGCUCACCGCCAUCAUGGCCGUGGGCGGCACACUGCUGACCGUGAGCGUGAGCUCUCUAGCGGCCCUGGUGGCCGGGCGGGUGGUUGUUGGCAUGGCUGUGGCACUGUCGGGAACAGCGUCCUGCCUGUACAUCGCAGAGGUGGCUCCUCAGGCCUGGCGCGGGCGUCUGGUGUGCCUGUACGAGCUGAUGGUGGUGCUGGGCGUGCUACUGGGCUUCGGCCUGAGCUACGUCUUCACCGCGGUGCACGGUGGUUGGCGCUACACCUUUGGAGCGGUGAUUCCCCCAGCGCUGGCCCAGGCGUCCGCCAUGUACUUCCUGCCACGCAGCCCCCGCUUCCUGCUGGCCCGGGGAAAGGAGGAUGAGGCUCGCACUGUGCUGGAGCGCCUCAGGGGGUCGUCGCCAGGGACGACGGGGUCAUCACUGGGGGCGAUGACAGUGGUGGAGGAGGAGCUGCGGGCCAUCCGGGUGGCCCUGUGCCGGGAGAUGCAUUACAGCUUCCUGGACCUCUUCCGUUCCCAUGACAACAUGCGUCAGCGUCUUCUGGUGGGCAUGGUGCUGGUGUUCUUGCAGCAGGCCACCGGGCAGCCCAACCUGCUCUCCUACGCCUCCACCGUGCUGCACCACGUCGGUUUCCAGAGCGAAGAGGCUGCAACGCUGGCCUCCACCGGCCUGGGUGUGGUCAAAGUGGGCGGGACCAUCCCCGCCAUCCUGCUAGUGGACCGUGUUGGGCCCAAGGUCUUCCUGUGCGUGGGCGCUGUCGUCAUGACGAUCUCGCUGACGGCGUUGGGCGUGGCCACCAUGCAGAGCCAAACGCAGGUGUCAACCCUGUGCCAGAGCUCGCCCAGGCCAAACCAUUCCCACUGGGGGGAGGGGGAGGACAGGGCUGCCGUGCCCAUUGGACUGUACCACCCCACACUGAACUUCAGCCACCUCAGCUACAGCUCUGCCCUGAGGCAAGGGCCCAACAGCAGCUCGAUUGAGCGUCAGGGAAACUGGAGCCUCGUCAAGGAUUCUGGGAGGAGGACUGCUGCCGACGCGGGUGUGACUCAGGAGGACGUGUCCACGUCUCUCAAAUGGAUCUCAUUGGUCAGCCUGCUGGUGUACGUGGCUGGUUUCUCAUUCAGCCUCGGCCCAAUGGUGUAUGUGGUGCUCAGUGAGAUAUUUCCGACUGGGAUCCGAGGGAAGGCCGUAUCCGUGGUUUCUGCCUUCAACUGGGCCACAAACCUCAUUAUAUCCAUGACCUUCCUCACCCUAACAGAGAAGAUUGGCCUGCCCAACGUAAUCUUCUGCUACGCUGUGAUGAGCUUCAUUCUGCUGAUCUUCGUCAUCCUCUUCAUCCCAGAGACCAAGGGCAGGUCGCUGGAGCAGAUCUCCAAGGAGCUUGCCAUGAAAAACAACCUCAGAGACAGGCUGUGCCCGCGGCGGAGAUCAAAGACGGACUCCCCACAGGAAGUGAAAACGCUGCACUGACUUCAGUAUGACUUUUCCCCUCAGGACAAGGAAACAAGACAGCAGAGACUUUUAAUUUGUAGUGGACAUUUUCUUGGUGUGAUCUCUGUUGGCUGAGCACAGGUGUGUCCGACGCCCGGUGAAGGGAGUCGCAGUUAGAAUGUGAUGUCAUUGCAUGAUGUGUGGACAAGGGGCCCAGAGAGUGGACGACCCCUCGUGUGGUUCUGGCUCGGGUCCUCCAGGGUUCCUCCGGCGCUGUGACCUAUCCGGUCCAGAUCGGUCCCCGAGUCAACUGCCAGUGGGGUGGAAGGUCACGAGGAGAUGCUGCCGCUCUGGUGAUGCGCGUGUGUGUGUGUGUCUGCAAGCAAUGAGUUUACAGUCUUUGGGACAUGAGAUGUGGAAGAGAUUCUUCCCGGGUGGGGUUGGGGGUGCUGUUAUGUGAAAAAAGGGUUCAUCCUGAGAUUGUGUGUGUGUGUGUGAGAUUGCUGUUAUUGAACGCACUUUUCACUUUCAUAGUGAACUAAUCACCAGUAAGCCGUUAUUAAGAGCCAAACAGGUCUCUCUUAAUUUGGCUUUCUUUCAAAAUAACAGACGCUCAUUUUGUCUUUGGGCGAAACGGAGGAGUCUUUUUGCACGAACAUGCCAAUGGGUUGAUACAUGGGUCUGCAGUGCAGGUUGUUAGACAUUCCUGGGGGGUGUUAUCUCUAAAGGACAGCCAAGAGAAUGACUACUCCAACCGUGACCAGAUUUCACAACUUGUUUUUAGAAUAUCCAUUGCUGAGAUAGUCAAACUAAAUCAUCUGUCAUCAACAGAACUGA